AUGGACGGCCUCUACGGUGAGAAGUUCGGCGUGCGCAGUCCAGAGAUGGGAUCGCAUUACACGGCCGCACUCGAAUUUCUUCAUCUGCACAGGUAUUGGGUUGCUCUAAUCCUUGCGAUCAGCGUGAUUGGCAGCAGCAAGGUUUACUCGAGUGUGUCGAAGAAGCUCAGAAUCUACGGCGCAAACUUCCCUCCUGUGGUUAAAUUGACUAACGAUCAAAUUUUCAAUGACCCCAUCAAUUCGUACAACAAUGCCAUUCGCGAGCACGGUGAUAUCAUUGCGGUGAAAAAGAAGGACAAGAUGGAAAUCAUGGUGUCCGAGAAAUACGCCCAGAGGGUUCUCACGGAUGAAAAGAACUUCAGUUUCGAGCAUGGGGUCGCCGAUGCGAUGAACAUGGAAUUUCUCAUGAACAUGACCCAAGGGAGGGUCUUCAAGACCAUGGCCGAUGUAACUUCCGGGCUUUUGGGGAAGCGCAUGGAUAUUGUCGUGAAACAAGUCUCAUCGAUCUUCUUCGACCGAGCGGAGGAGAUAACAAAUGACCCCAAAAGCCAAGCCCUGGAUCUCUUCGAAUAUACUCAAAGCACUGUGUCUGAUGCCAUGGUCGUUCUGCUUCUUGGAAAGAAAUUCCUCAACCCUGCUUACAGCCAUGCCGUUAAGAUGGCAGCUAACGAUGUUGCUGAGCUUGGAGGCAUUUUCCAAAACCGGUCUUACUUUGCACGAACAUUCCCUGCCUUGUGGAGAUUUACUACAGCAAUCAAGACUACAUUCUGGAGACUGGGGGUUUGUUUGUUCAUGUUCAUGGGCCGUCCAAUCUGGCGCGAGACGAAUCGCCUUCUGAAAGACCCUCAAACUUAUGUCGAGGAGAAGGAGAUUACCCUACUCCUGCUUCUCGUGAGGAAGUUUGCCACCCCUGAGCGAACUUUGAAACUGGCCGACAGAGGAAUGAUCUACCUCGUACUCAUGAGCACCAUGUUCGCAUCCGUGCAUCAAGUAGCAAGCACCAUGGUCUGGGUUCUCUGCGAAUUGGCGCUCCGCCCCCAGGAUCAGGAAGAGAUUUACGCCGAGAUCAAGUCCAUCAUGGACAAGGGACCGGAGAACCUGACCCACGAUGAUCUUCUGAGAGCCGUCCACACAGAUUCCUUCCUGCGUGAAGUGAUGCGCACCAAGGGUGACACCUUCAGCACAGUCCGCAUGGCCAUGAACGACGUGCCACUUGGAAAAUACGUGAUCCCCAAGGGCUACACCGUGCACCCCAAUGCAGCCUUGGCACACAAUGCACCUGAGAAUGCUGGUGAUAACCCGGAGACUUUCGAUGGUAAGCGCUGGAUUGGCGGCAAGCCUGCGUCGAUGGCCGGACCAGGUCACCUCGCCUUCGGUCUCGGCCGAUGGGCCUGCCCAGGCCGCUACUUUGCAGUUGCUGAAAUCAAGAUGAUGGUUUUCUCCAUUUUGGUGAAUUCGAAAGUGGAGCUCGUUAACAACAAGUACGAGAUUGUGGACAAACUCAUGAUUGCUAGCGCACCCCCCGAAGCUGUUUUCAAGCUCACCAAGCGACCAGAGUAG